AUGGCUAAAGAGUGUCCCCCCCCCCCCCUCCCCUCCCAACCCCACGCACUCGGCUUCGGCGAUACUCGUAACGGAGUCAACGGAAAAGAAAAAGUCAUUAGUCACUGUUUGUCCCUGAAUUUUUCCAGUCUCGACGAAGAAGCGGUUUUCCUGCGUCCCGAAGGAUCUUAUAUAAAGCAAACAGACACCAUUUUCUUCACCCCACCUGUUGACAUUAAGGACUGCUGCUCCGAGUCUGCUCUUGAUUGUUUUCGUUCCCAGAUAAAUAACAUUACCAGCAACAACAAGAGGCUGCAAAACAAACUACACAAGAAUCUGCGCAAAUCUGAGAACAUUGUGAAAAGUAAGUGCGAAGCAGCAAGGAAAGCGGAAUGCAUGUCUUGCAACUUGUAUGAAAAGACAGACAGCCACAAAUUUCUGAACAAUUUACUGCUCCUUUUGCAGAAGUCUUUUAUAACCAAGUAAAGAAGCACGAUGACGAUGACGACAGGCGAAUGUGUGGACGACACUACCUCAUGAAGUCCUGUUGCAGGUUCAAGCCUUCUGGACUAACAAAUCUAUUUAUUGACUAUUUAUUCAUUAUUUUAUUUACCAUUUAUUUUGCUGAGAAAUGUCCUUAUUAUUUGCAGAUGUUUAAUAUGUUGUCAGUGUGGUUAAGAGGUGAAGCAAAUAUUUGCAAAAUGUACUGAAAUGUCCUAAAAUGUGUUAAAAAUGCAUGUUCGUAAUUUAUAAUGAGUAUAAAACUCAUCUGAAGUUGAUAGAAACUGGUACUGAAGGGAAGAGUUAAUCUAAGACUGACAGAUUUGUAGAUGCUGCUAUAGCUCCUCCUGAUGCAACAACAAAACAGUUACAGCCUUACAGCCUUUUCUGUUCAUCUCUUUUCCAAAACGCGUAAAAACAAAGUGUCUCAAAUGUUAAUUGAAGUAUCAAUUGUAAUGAAACUCAUGUCUCAUAAUGAGACUUAAAGUAUCACAUUUCAUAUUCAAUGUGUCUUUUUAUGUUAUUUAUUUUUCAUAUUAAAGAUUUGUUUAGCAAAAAUUAUGGUUGUAAUCAUUAUUUUUGUGUGGACAGAUUUUUUUAUUAAUUCUUUCCAGACAUAGCAAAUAAUAUAAAAAGUUAAUAAUACCUACUGUUUUGUAGUCACUGUUUGCAGGAUAGACACCAGGGCCGACUAAGUGAAGGUUAAUUAAGGUGACUUUUGGCCCCUUAAUUGCUGUAUAUUGUGCUCACCAUUUGUGGUAUGGAAAGAAUAACAGAACU